AUGACGUGGAUGAAGGUAAAAGGAAUUGUGGCACCCCAUCAAACCCAUCGCUACCCCAUCAAACCCUCUCUUCCAAAGCUCGCUCCUUUCUCUUCCUCUUGGAACAUUUCUUGCGCUCUUCAAGCCCCCGUCGUUCUGAGCGCAGAUUCCAAGCUCGUUGAGGAAUUCGAAGUGGUUAUUGAGGAUGCCAUUGAUUCUGGGGUCGAUGCUGAGGUUCUGGCUAAGAUGCUUCUGUUGGGAAUUCGAGGAAAGAAGGUUCGGACCGUGGUUCACACUCUCAACAGAGUGCAGGGUGGCGCAGUUUCUCUAGCUGCUCAUCUUAAUGGCUCUUCCAUCGAUGCCAUUGCGAAGGAAUGUAGCCGCUUGGUCACGUGCGACCAUAUUGAGGAGGCCGUUGAACUCAUGGAGGUUCUCACACGUUUCAGGAUACCAAUCAGGGGACUUGUUCAGCCGUCUGAUGUAAUUAAACGCUGUGUUCUUAAGCGGAACCCAAUUUUAGCUGUGAGGUAUGCAUGUCUUCUUCCCCAUGCACAGAUAUUGUUCUGCAAUAUUAUAUCAGAAUUUGGCAAAAGGAGGGAUUUAAUUUCUGCUUUGAAAGCAUAUGAGGUGUCGAAAAAACACGUGAAUAUUCCCAAUAUGUACAUAUACCGGGCAAUAAUUGACGCUUGUGGUCUAUGUCGUGAUUUCAUGAAAUCUAGGUACAUAUAUGAGGAUUUGCUUAAUCAGAAGAUCACUCCAAAUAUAUAUGUGUUCAACAGCCUCAUGAAUGUGAAUUCCCAUGAUCUUAGCUACACAUUAAAUCUAUAUCAAAAUAUGCAGAAUCUUGGUUUAAAACCAGAUAUGACAUCUUAUAACAUCCUACUGAAAGCAUGCUGUGUUGCUGGAAGAGUUGAUCUGGCUCGAGACAUUUAUGGGGAACUUAAGCAUUUGGAAUCAGUAGGACAGCUAAAAUUAGAUGUCUUCACCUACAGCACAAUUAUAAAGGUCUUUGCAGAUGUGAAAUUGUGGCAGAUGGCUCUACAAAUCAAGCAAGACAUGCUUUCUGCUGGUGUUUCUCUUAAUAUUGUUGCAUGGUCAUCAUUAAUCAAUGCCUGUGCACAUGCAGGGCUUGUAGAGCAGGCAAUUCAGUUAUUUGAAGAAAUGCUUUUGGCUGGCAGCGAACCUAAUACUCAGUGUUUCAACAUCAUUUUAAAUGCAUGUGUUGAAGCUUGCCAAUAUGAUAGGGCUUUUCGCUUUUUCCAUUCUUGGAAGGGAGAAAAGAUGUUAGGGUCAUUUGGUGAAGGCUGCAACAACAAUAUAGGGCAGGAACGUGUGCAUAAUGUUACUACUAUGCCAACUGGCAUUUCUAAUUCACACAUCUUGAGUUUUGCUAAGAGGUUCCCUUUCACGCCAACUACAACAACAUACAAUAUUUUACUGAAGGCCUGUGGUACUGAUUAUUACCAUGCAAAAGCAUUAAUCAAAGAGAUGGAAACAUUAGGUCUUUCCCCUAACCAAAUUAGCUGGUCAAUUUUGAUAGAUAUAUGUGGAGCAUCGGCAAAUGUGGAGGGUGCCAUUGAGAUUUUGAAAAACAUGGGUGAUGCUGGACUCAAACCUGAUGUUAUUGCAUAUACGAUAGCCAUUAAGGUUUGUGUUGAAAGUAAGAAUUUUAUGCAAGCAUUAACAUUAUAUGAAGAAAUGAAAAGAUACCAGAUACGUCCGAAUUUGAUAACAUAUAACACACUUCUGAAGUCACGUAGUAAAUAUGGCUCCCUACAUGAGGUGCAACAAUGCCUGGCUAUAUACCAGGAUAUGCGAAAGGCAGGGUAUAGACCCAAUGACUGCUAUCUGGAAGAACUGAUUGAGGAAUGGUGUGAAGGAGUAAUACUAGAUAACAGAGAGAAGCAAGGAGAAUUUUCUUCCAGCAAUAUAUCUGAAUUAGAGAGAUCCCAAAGUUUACUUCUUGAAAAAAUUGCUGCUCACCUGCUGAAGAGGGUAGCUGACAUCCUAGCAAUUGAUGUUCAAGGUCUCACAAAGGUUGAAGCUCGUUUGGUUGUUCUUGCAGUUCUUCGGAUGAUCAAAGAGAAUUACAAUUUAGGACAUUCAAUAAAUGAUGAUAUCUUGAUCGUCAUAGGAGCUACCAAAGUAGAUGAAAAUCCAGCCAAACACAUAUUAGAAGUGCAAGAGGCAAUCAUAAAACUUCUUAGAAAUGAGUUGGGACUGGAAGUUUUUCCUGCCAGAACCAGAUUAGCACUAAGUAACACACCGAAGUUAAAGCACCCCAACCUUGCAAAUCUCAACACAGAAGAACUACCAGGAGAGAAUGCUUUACCCACAACGGGGUUUCAGACCAGGAGACCUGCAAUUCUAAUAAGGUUGAAGGUCACCAAAAAAUCAUUAUACAGUUGGUUGCACAGGAAGUAA